AUGGGGGGCGGGAGGGGCCGGGGUGCUGCGGACUCUGCCGCCUUCAACUUGACCGAGUCACAGCGCGGCCGGGAACCCCCGGCGACAUCGCCCCGCGACCUCUCCAGCGCCCUGACCCUGCGAGGCUGGGGCUCCGGCUCCGCGUGCCGGACCCCCGCGGACUCCCCCCCGAAGCCGCCGGGCCACCAGCGCCCCCAGCUGGGCUCUCCCGCGGCCGCCCCGCCGUCCCCAGCUGCCCCCUCCGCGCGGGUCACCACGCCCAGAUGCGCCGGCUCCGCACUGUGGUUCCGCUCUCGAAUCCCCACCCCGCUUUCUCCCCACGAAGCGCCGCCGUCCCCGCCGCCUCGGGCUUUGGGUCCUGGUUCCUCCCUCUCCCGCCGCGGUGGUUCCCGUCCCGGCGUAUUAGGGGUCUGGGAUCCCGGACCCGGUCCAGCCGUGGCGCCCCCUGCUGAUGCACCGACCGGGUGCCGUCUGCCCGGUCCCUGGAAGUUGGCCCUUGGAAACCUGCAAGGGGAUUUGGGGCUGGUCUGUCCGGUCCUAGGAUGGGGUCUCCUGAGGUCUCCCCAUCAGAUCUUUCUCCGCCCGUGUUCACGCACUGCUCGGUCCCCCGGGGACCCUCCACCCUUGAUGGUCGUCUGGGAGCUCCCUGCCCGCGAUCCGAGGCACUAGCCCGAGCUCGGAAGACCGUCUGACUGCCCCAGAAUCUGCUUGGUCUCCCUGGCACGUUCCAGGGGGCUGGCUUAGCACCCCAGGGCUGCCGCGCGGUGUUCUCAUCUGGAAUCCCAGCGGUUUGGGAGGUUAAGGUCGGAGGGCCACUUAGGGCUAGGAGUUCGAGACCAGCCUGGGCAGCAUGGCGAGACCUGUCUCUACCAAAAUAAAAAAAUAACCAAAAA